AAUACAUUCAUGCCUUCAGUUCACCCUAAACUGGGGUAUGAGGUGGAGACUGGCACAGCGGGCCCAGCCCCUCGUCCGGUCACACUUCCUUCCUUUCUGAGCCCAUAAACAAAAGUUACUGAUGAUCGAUGGGAGUAGGACUGAGCUUUAAUUCCGAUUGUUGACAUGCAUGCAUGCAUGGUAUGGUGGUAUUGAAUGAAGCCGGCCCUCGACCCAGUGCAUUGGGUAGAAGGAGCUGGGAGCUGAAGGUAAAGCUGGAAGUGUAUGUAUGGCCCGUGGGUGCCGGAUGGACACUCACCCCGACUUGACCCGGUGACCCCUGACUCGAAAGUCAGAAGCCGAUUGAGCUUUGUGGUGAUCAACCCUUGUCCAGUCGACGGGUUCUGUUUGGGAUUGAGUCCGAGGUGGAUGAUGAGUUCCACGGAGCUGAUGUCUCGCCUGGGCUCCAAGCCCCAAAUCGAUUUGCAAUUGCUCUUUGAAUUGGUCCAGAAAGUCGGGCUAGAGCGUGAGGCCAACAUGUCCCGAAAGAAGGCCCUCUGGAUCCAAGUGGCCAAUCGAUACAAUGCCUACUUCGGCGACGAGCUGGCCGACGAGCUCUACAAUGCCAAUUCCUGUCGGAGAGCUUGGAAUAAUCUCAAGGUUCGGACGCGUAAGAAAUACUCAGAUUUGUUGAAGGAGCAUGGUCCAGCGGACGGAGAAGAGCCCCGUUUCAAAUUGGAUCAGUUUUCCAUGCGGAUCUUAGCUGAAACGGGCGAUAAGCCCGAGUUUUGGCCCAAAAUCACGGAGUCCUCCUCCUCGGACAAAACGAAUGAUUUGACUUCGACCAUGCGACAGCAUCGGAUUGAUAAGAAACGUCACGAAACGGUGCUCUGGCUGCAGGAUGACAGCUUCACACCCGGGUUUUCGUCCUCGGGUGACGAUGAGUCUUCGCGGAAUGAGGAGGCCCAUGUCAAGCAGAUCAAUAUCUUGAACGAUAAAAGGGGGGGUCGUCAAUCCCAACCGCGUCAGACUCCGUCCAGCUCAUGUUUUCAAGAGGAUUUUUAUUCGAGCCAUGAUUCCAAUGAUUCCUUGGCUUCCCACAAGAGUGAUCCCAUUCAGGUCUUCAAUUCCAGUCGUGGUAACAAUUCAAUGAAAUCCGAGGAAAAGCUGCCCUCCACCAGUCCUCAUGGCUAUCGCUCCACCCACUCCAGAGUACGAAGAAGUAAAAAUGAAGGCAAGAGAGCGCGACUUUCCAUUCUACCUUAUGAAUCCGAGGAAUCUCAAACGAGAGUGGAGUCAAAGCUGAAGAUUGAGGAAUACCAUAUGAAACGUCAGAUUCUUCGGAUUGACAGAGAUACCGCAGAAAUCCAAAGGAGAGCUGCGGAAGCUAAAUUAAUUCGAGAACAGAAGCUUUUUGAAAUAGAAAAAAAGAAGCUCACCGACCUAUCUCUGAUGGAAGUGUCAGCGGCCAAGUAUCGAGCCCGAAAAGAACGGGCUUUGGCGCUAAAAGCCGAGAGAGACUUGGGGAUUGAGAGCCCAUCGAGUGAUGAGUUAAUGUUGGAUCAAUAGCACCUAAAAGUGUGCUCCAAUCUUUGGAAGGGCUUUGAUGGCUGUCUUGUGACAUUUCCAUUACUUACCGCAGUGAGAAAUGCGGAAUCAGAUGUUACCAACGCGGAAACACUGGCCAAAACUAGCAAUUAUUGCUUGCAUUAAAUAUUAUCAACUGAUCUUUGAAACGGCUCUUUCAAUGCAAUCCAUGUUUGUGCCGGAAGACUUGAGCGAGAAUGUGCCAAAAUGUGUCUCUGUCAGACUGCCAGUUCAAUUCAAUUGGGUAUCUCAUGAUUUUCCCAAGUCAGGAGUCGAUGCAGUCGAUUGAUUGCCUGUCAUUGAUAACAUUUAAGGACGACCAUUGAUUUUACUUGAGAGAGUUCUGUUAAGAUCUUCACUCAAGGCAUUUAUAGACUUUGGGCUGUAUUUGAUAAAUAUGUGUAAUCCAACCCCAAAGCUUUAUCAUGCAAAAUUUCAUGAUUUUACUACAAUGCAAUAAGAUGAAUAAAUAUUUAUGUUGCUGA